UGGCUGUGCUCAGGGGGGCGGUAUCUCAGCACAGAGAACUUGAUUCUCUCUCUCCCUUUUAAGGGGGGUAAACAUGGAGAACUACUGCUUCCGAGUAAGAUUAAAGUCGGGAAUCAACAUCUCAUCCUCCUUUCCCCUCUCCGGUAAUCAGUUCUGAUACAUUCUCGUGGCUAUCGAAGAGUGUCGUCGGUAGCGAUGGCUAAGGAUGAAAGCUACUCCGUCGUUUCUGAUCUGAUCAGUUUCCUCAAUGCUUCUCCUACUGCCUUCCACGCCGUUGAUGAGGCGAAGAAAAGGUUGCAAAGCGCUGGCUAUGAGCAACUUUCAGAGAGAGAUGACUGGAAAUUGGCAGCUGGCAAAAAAUACUUCUUCACAAGGAAUUACUCAACUAUGGUCGCUUUUGCCGUUGGUAAAAAAUAUGUUCCUGGAAAUGGAUUCCAAAUUAUUGGUGCUCAUACUGAUAGUCCUUGUCUGAAACUGAAGCCUACUACCAAGGUGGUUAAAGGUGGAUAUUUGGAGGUUGGAGUCCAAACAUACGGGGGUGGCUUGUGGCAUACAUGGUUUGAUCGGGACUUAACAAUCGCUGGGAGGGUUAUUAUACGACAAGAAAAAGAAGGUUUUGCUUCGUAUUUGCAUCAACUUGUUAGGAUUGAGGAACCAAUAAUGCGGAUCCCAACUUUGGCAAUUCACUUAGACAGGAAUGUUAAUGAUGGAUUUAAAGCAAAUGCACAGAGUCAUCUUGUUCCUAUCUUGGCGACAAUGGUAAAGGCAGAGCUCAAUAAAGCUGCUGAUAACGAGUCAAUUGAAAAUGGACUGCAAAAUGAUGGAAAGAAGGAAAAUGACAAAACAGGGAGUAAAAAUACAAAGCACCACUCGCUUCUGCUUCAGUUGCUUGCCAGCAAGCUUGGGUGUAAACCAGAUGACAUAUGUGAUUUUGAAUUGCAAGCCUGUGAUACUCAACCAAGUAUGGUUGCUGGAGCUGCCAAGGAAUUCAUAUUUUCAGGACGGCUUGAUAACCUCUGCAUGUCAUUUUGCUCAUUGAAGGCACUGAUAGACUCUACAUCCUCUGACAGAAGUCUAGAGGAAGAGACUGGUGUUAGAAUGGUAGCUUUGUUUGACCAUGAGGAAUGUGGAUCCAAUUCUGCACAAGGAGCUGGCUCUCCUGUUAUGCUGAAUGCCGUAUCUAGGGUGACAAGUUCCUUCAGCUCAGAUUCCAAGCUGAUUGAUAGAGUUGUACAAAGAAGCUUCCUCGUGUCUGCUGAUAUGGCGCAUGCACUGCAUCCUAAUUAUAUGGACAAACACGAAGACAACCAUCAGCCUAAACUACAUGGAGGACUUGUCAUCAAACAUAAUGCAAAUCAACGCUAUGCAACCAAUGCAGUCACUGCCUUCUUAUUCAGGGAGGUAGCAACAAAACAUAACAUUCCUGUUCAGGACUUUGUGGUGCGCAAUGACAUGCCUUGUGGUUCGACCAUCGGUCCAAUCCUUGCCAGUGGUGUCGGUAUUCGCACGGUUGAUGUUGGCGCUCCUCAGUUGUCAAUGCAUAGUAUACGAGAAAUGUGUGCUGUUGAUGAUGUGAAGCACUCAUAUGAGCAUUUCAAGGCUUUUUUCCAAGAAAUCUCUCAUCUCGAUGCCAAGAUUGAUGUAGAUUUAUAGGUUUUCCAACGGAUUGCAUGCGAAACUGUUGCUCACGAUGUUGUAACCGAACUAAUUAUGAUGAUAAAAUCCUGAUAUGGUUACGUGGAUAAUAAUAUUUCUUUUGGGGUGA